AUGCCAGGAAUCGAGUAUGGAUCAGGUUCACCAGCAGCAGACAAUAUUUGGAUAGCAUCAGGAGACGGACGAGUUGAAGAUGUCGAGUAUUUUCUUAAAUCAGGUGGUUUUGGCGGUGCACCUAUGGAUGCCAAUGCCAAAGACUCGUCUGGAUACACCAGUCUUCAUGCAGCAGCAUCUUACAACCAUUUAGACCUCAUGCGCAUGCUAGUUAAAGAGUACGGAGCCGAUCCAAAUGUUGUAGACCAUGAUGGGUACACUCCACUGCAUGUCAUUGAAACUGCUGAUGCAGGAAGAGUGCUGAUUGAGUUAGGCGCUGAUCCGACUAAACGAAACCAUUCUGGGCAGUUGAAUUCACACCCGACUUUGAGAAAAGAGAAGAGUCGAGCGACAAUGAAAAUGAAAAUGAAGCCGAGCAACCAGACUUGGAUGAGUCGAGCGACAACGAGGACGAGGAUGAAGCGAAUCAAUUAG